CGGGGCUUGAGGGUUCAGACGAAGCGUGACGCCGUUAUACUGAUCCGGAAGAAAAUUUCAUACAAGCUCUUAACAACUGACGAUAUGUUUGAAAGGUUGGUUAUUUCAGAACGGAUUUUGUGAGAAGUGGAAAAUGAUCUUGUUCAGACAAGCCCUACGCUUCACUUCACGGCUGCCGUUUAUUUGCGGGAGGUGCAGGACAUAUUCAGCUCAAGUUGGAGCCGUCGAGCGGGUCAUUUCAGCGUUUCGCUCUGUAAGUGGAGAUGAAGGCGUGUCUGUGGGCUCAGCGGUCAGAGAACAGCACGGCAGGGAUGAGUCUGUGCACAGAUGUCGACCCCCAGAUGUGGUGGUGUUUCCUCGGUCUGUAGAGGAGGUCAGUGCUCUUGCCAAAAUUUGUCACCACCACCAACUACCCAUGAUCCCAUUUGGCACAGGGACAGGCUUGGAGGGAGGUGUUGGUGCUCUGAAGGGUGGAGUGUGUUUCAGUCUGAGAAAGAUGGAGCAGGUUCUUGAUCUUCACCAAGAGGAUUUUGAUGUGACGGUGGAGCCAGGUGUGACGCGCAAAGGCCUGAACUCAUACCUGCGUGAUACUGGCCUCUGGUUUCCUGUCGAUCCAGGUGCCGAUGCGUCUCUCUGUGGCAUGGCUGCAACUAGCGCAUCAGGCACCAAUGCAGUCCGUUACGGCACGAUGCGUGAGAACGUCCUGAACCUGGAGGUGGUUCUAGCAGAUGGAACGGUCCUCCACACAGCAGGGAAGGGGCGUCGUCCAAGAAAGACAUCUGCCGGUUACAACCUGACAAACCUUUUUGUGGGCUCAGAGGGAACUUUGGGUAUUAUUACCAAAGCCACGCUUCGGUUGUACGGUAUUCCUGAAAGUAUGGUGUCAGCUGUCUGCUCCUUUCCAUCCGUCCAAUCAGCGGUGGACAGCACCGUUCAGAUCCUGCAAGCUGGAGUGUCCAUCGCCCGCAUUGAGUUUUUGGAUGACGUGAUGAUAAACGCAUGCAAUCGCUUCAACAACCUGUCCUAUGUGGUCACUCCCACCCUCUUUCUGGAGUUCCACGGGAGCUCCAAAAGCAUGCAGGAGCAGGUGUCCAUCACAGAGGAGAUCACGCGGGACAACGGAGGCUCAGACUUUGCCUGGGCAGAAGAUGAGGAGACCCGUGGCCGGCUGUGGAAAGCCCGUCAUGAUGCGUGGUACGCUGCCCUGGCCCUGAGGCCUGGAUGUAAGGCAUAUUCUACAGAUGUCUGUGUGCCAAUCUCACGACUGCCUCAGAUUAUAGUGGAGACAAAGGAAGAUCUAAUCAGAAACAAUAUUACCGGUCCUAUUGCAGGUCAUGUGGGCGAUGGAAACUUCCAUUGUUUAAUAGUACUGGAUCCUAAUGACCCAGACGAGGUGCAAAGGGUUCACUCCUUCACUGAGAGACUAGCCAGGAGGGCACUGGCGAUGGACGGAACUUGUACUGGUGAACACGGGAUUGGUCUAGGAAAGCGGGCUCUGCUCAGAGAAGAGGUCGGUCCAUCGGCCAUAGAGGUCAUGCUGGGCCUCAAGGCCUCUCUGGACCCCAAAAACCUCAUGAAUCCUGGAAAGGUGUUAUAAAUAAUGCAAACCAACACAGAAGAUACUCUGUACUAGGCUUUGACCACUAGAGGUCAGGAGAAUGAGGUUUGUUUUAGAUUUUAAGAAUGAUAAUGAUUUAGACUAUAGAGUGUUUUCAAAAUCUGCACAUGAAAAAUAUAAAUUUUGUGAAAAGUGCAUAUGAUUGAAAUAAAUUCUUCUGUAGUAUUAUUGUGAAUACACAGUAUUAAUGUACAGGGCUGAAUUUUCUAAGAACCUUGAAAAAUAAUUAUUCCAUCCUUUUCUUUUGCAUGGGGCACUCACACCACUUAAAUAUGAAUUAAAGUGAAAUCAUUUUGCCUUGGCAAACUUGUGCUUAUUUGGGCCAUUUGCCCUUCUACAUUUCUGUGAAUAUAUUUAUUUAUAUGGAACAGAACAGAAUCUGUGAAGCAGAACUCAAAACAAGAACUAAGAUAAAUGUGAUACAGAAAAUGCAUUUUAAUAAACUGAAAAUAUAUUGAUUACAUCAAA